ACUUCCUUGCAAAGCUGGUUCUGUCUCCUCGACCUCUUCAUACCACAAGAAACAACAGCAGCACACCCGCCAGGACCGCAAACAUGGCGAACGACAAGAUGGACAUUGAGACCGCCGAGGCCAGCCUCAAGGCUAUGGCUCACUCUGAGCAGCACUACUUCAACAGUUACAACCACCAUGGCAUUCACGAGGAGAUGCUGAAAGACGAGGUCCGCACACGGUCAUACAUGAACGCCAUUGUACAGAACAAGCACAUCUUCAAGGACAAGGUCGUGCUCGAUGUUGGUUGCGGUACCGCCAUCCUGUCCAUGUUCGCUGCCAAGGCUGGUGCGAAGCAUGUCAUCGGUGUCGACAUGUCCACGAUCAUUUUCAAGGCGCGCGAGAUUGUCGAAUGCAACGGCCUCUCAGACAAGAUUACACUGAUUCAGGGCAAGAUGGAGGAGAUUGAGCUGCCGUUCCCCAAGGUCGACAUCAUCAUCUCCGAGUGGAUGGGCUACUUCCUGCUCUACGAGAGCAUGCUUGACACUGUUCUCUACGCCCGUGACCGGUACCUCAACAAGGACGGUCUCAUCUUCCCCGACAAGGCCACAAUCUACCUUUGCGGUAUCGAGGACGGCGAGUACAAGGAUGAGAAAAUUGGAUUCUGGGACAAUGUCUACGGAUUUGACUAUUCGCCGCUGAAGGAGACGGCGCUGUGCGAGCCUCUCGUCGACACGGUCGAGAUCAAGGCCGCCGUCACCGACCCCACGCCCGUCCUCACCCUUGACCUGUACACAUGCACAACCAAGGACCUCGACUUCUCUGUGCCUUUCAAGAUUACUGCGCGCCGGGACGACUUCAUCCACGCGCUUGUUGCGUGGUUCGAUAUCGACUUCACUGCGUGCCACAAGCCCAUCCGUUUCUCGACCGGCCCGCACACCAAGUACACGCACUGGAAGCAGACCGUCUUCUACCUCAAGGACGUUCUGACCGUCCAGCAGGGCGAGGAGGUUGAGUGCAACAUCCUCGUCAAGCCCAACGAGAAGAACAGGCGCGACUUGGAUAUCAAGAUUGACUACAAGUUUGACACCCAGGACCCUCUGCGCAAGGCCGAGGGCUCUUGCGAGUACAAGAUGUGCUAAAUGCCCGUUAUCGGCAUGAACCAGGCAUACAUUGCUUUCUUGAAGAGCGGUAAUGACCAUGAAGAAAUCUGUGCCAGAACCUACACCACAGCCCGCUAUCGGUUCUGUGCCGCAUGGGUGGUAGCAAUGCACUGACACUCUGCUGGGGCGCUGCAUGGCUGCUCCUACUGGGCAAGGCGCGCAGCACAAUCUCCCACUUCCUGUGGC